GUAGGCGCGGUUGCGUUAUCAUCAUAAUAAUAUCAUUAAUUUAUUGUUAAUGAGCCGCAGUUGUACAAGUGUGCGUUGGAAGUUGUGCACCAGCGACCAUCCACUCAUCUGACACUGAGGGUUCCCGGUAGUUGUAGCGGUCUUUAUGUGUUUUGUUUUGUUUACCGCUACUACAACAAGCUGCCGUCGUUGUCACCGUUAUCAGCGUCGUACCUCUCAAACGGUUUUUGACGUUUUUCCGCUGAUAAUCAUUGUAGUGGCAUUCCGUAAACACUACGCGCCACAGUUCGCGGCUUUAUGAAAUGUCGUAGGCGAAGGUUUUAUACGUUCAGUGUUGCAGUCGCAGUCGCAAUCGCUUCGCAGUCUACACGAACUUAAUCCACAAUUCAUCCUGUGUGGUAGUCGUUUACGGUGUUCGCGAAUGUUCGUCUGGAGAGGAUCAUAUCGGUCGACGAGAACACGUCUACGAGUACUUAUGAUCUUAUGCCGUGUUUAAUGUGUCCAGUUCAUCGUUCAGAUUAGAUAUUAUACUGUGCAGUCGAUUUUAUUCUAAUUAUGGAUAACACUUGUACAUAUUGUCAAGAUGUCAUAGACAGUUUAACUGUAGUAUGUUUGGAAUGUUCAUAUUUUCAAUUAUGUUUGGCCUGUUAUAGCCACGGAGCAGAAAUCGGAGAUCAUAAAAAUAAUCAUGGAUAUAAGUUAAAAGGUCAAAAAUCUCCUGGACAGUAUUUAGUUACUAUAGAUGGAUGGACUGGUGAUGAACUCAUGCAUAUUUUAGACUUUGCUGAACAAUAUUCUUUUGGGUGUUGGGAUGAGUUACCAAGAAAUAUAAUAAAUCGAACUCAAUCAGAAAUCAAAUUACAAUUUGCUAAAUAUUUCUUGGAUGGUACGAUUGGAAGGCUAACAUGGGGUACAAUUAAGAAACCACAAUUAGAAGAUCGCACAGUCCAUUUCAAACUUAAUGAAAGUGUUACUCAUUUAUCUGGAUUAUCUAAAGCACAGUAUGCUGAAAUUGGAUACAAUCCAAUAAGAGAUGAAUUUGAAUUGGAAAAUGAUUUUGAUAAUAAUGCAGAAGCAGUUUUAAGUAUUACAUCAGAAUGGAAUGAUUUCGGAGAUGAUUAUAAUCUUGCGUGUAUCGAUAUGUAUUGUGCACGUUUAUUUGAGCGUGAGUACGCUAAAGAAGUAGUUCAUGAUUAUCAAUUGAUGGAUAAAUAUUAUUUUACUAAAGAUAAACCCAAACGCAGAUUAACACCAGAGGAACGAAGUGUUAUAAGCAUUGAAAAUCAAAUAAAAAAAUUUAGCCGAUAUUUAACUGAAGUUGAACUGUGGUCAUUAAAUAUACGCCUGCAACAAGAAUAUAUGUUAAAAAAACGGCGUGAAGAACUAAUCUAUUACAGAAAAAAUGGAAUUACAAAGUUAUACGAUAUUAUAAAAUUUAAUCUUUUACAUUAUAGCAUGGUCGUAGAUGAACAAUCUGAACAAUCUUCUUCUGAUGUUUUAACUCCGGCACCUAUCAAACGCGGUGAAAAGAAAAGGAAAAAACGAAAACGUCCCAAAUUAUUCCAUAAAAAGAAUCAUGUUUAUCAUCGUACACCUCAAUAUAUUGCUGCUCUGAAUAGAGUAUUGACUCAAAAUAAUGACACUGAAGAUAAUUCUGAUUAAUAUUAAGGUUUUAAGUUACCUACUAGUAAUAAUAAUAUUAUGUGAGUUAAAAUGAAAGAAACAUGUCUUUAAAAUUGUGUUCAAUAAUUAUUAAUUAAUAUGACUGAUAAAAGUUAUAAUUACUUCAAGUAUGAUCAAAUUUUGAUUAUACGUUGAAAAUAUAUUAUGUAUAUAAUGUUUAAUAUUUACUUAUUAAAAAAAUAUAUUUAUUGAAUAUUAGUAAAUGGCGGUAUUAUUUAAGCUGUAAUUUGAUAAUAUUUUUACAUUUUGUUUCUUUUGAUAAAUUAUAAGUGGUAUAUAAAAUUAUUAUAUUUUUAAUGUACAUGAGUUCAAUAAUGUAAUUGUAAUAACCUUAAAUAGGUUGAUAUUGUGCAUAAGUACAAAGUAUACUUAAGUGUAAAGGAUUUUAUAAAAUACAAACAUUUUUAUUAGUA